UUAUAAAAACUCCUGCAUUUUAAGAAACGCAUAUACUUUUUUAAGUCAUUUUAAUCUGCUGACAUUCAGUCAACAAAUCUGUGUAAGUCCUUAUAACUUAAUCAGCAGUAGUGUCGUGUGUUUGUGUAUCCUUGACCGCUGAAACAUGACGAACCACUGAAAGUAUUUCAGCGCGCAACUUCCCCAUUGCAGGAUGACGCGUUUGGGCACUGUAGACAGUCGACUCCAUUCAGUGUGCCUUUAUUAAGUCCACUUCGAUUAUGGUUACCUGUCGAAAAUACAUCGCUCCUUUGGUCUUCUGUGCCCAGCUGGCCAGCUCGUUUUUUGACACCGCUCUCCAAAUGGUCGUCAAAGAGCGAUGCGCAAACGCCACGGACUCGGACGGCCAGCAGAAAGCCAUCACCAACUUCAACAUGACCUAUAAUAUGAUUGCCAAGUUCAUGCCGUUUCUGCCCGCGAUCCUCCUGGCUAAAGUCGGAGACAGGGGUUACAGGAAAGUGCCGAUAGUCGUUCCACUAGUCGGCUACUUUCUGUCUAGAGGUUUGCUGCUGUUGGAUGUCGCUUUUGAUUGGCCUCUCCAGGUGCUGUACGCGGUGCCGGUGAUCCACGGACUGUGCGGUGGAUUCGCGUCCUACUGGGCCGGUGUGAUGGCGCUGGUGUCUGUCAGCUCUGGGGAGGAGGAGCGCGCCGUGAGCAUCAUGAUGACCGAGCUGGUGUAUGGAAUCGCCGGCUUCAUUGGUAGUUUGGCUUCUGGUCACUUAUUCGCCCUCUAUACUGUUAAUCUAAAGCAAGGGGUCAUUUUAUCCGGUUCGAGUGUGGUUCUAUAUCUCUUAUGCCUGCUUUACGCGGCGACUUUCCUGCGCGUGGGUUCUCCGGCGGUGCUUGGAGAUCGGCUGGAGCGCCGGGAAAGUUUUGGGAUCAUCAACCACGAGGCCCGGGAUAAAAUCAACAUCGCUUUGCUGUUCGUCAGUGGGAUUCUGUACGAUAUUGCAGUGGCUGGAGGGAUGGAGAUGCUGGCGGCGUACGUGCUCAAGGAGCCACUGAACUGGGGCGCGACGUUGGUGGGGUACGGGAACGCGGCGGGAUCUCUCCUCUUCAUCACUAGCUUUUUGGGAGUGAAGAUGUUCACAAGAUUGUCUCUAAGGGACGAGAGCAUGAUUAUGGUUGGGAUGGUGUCUUUUGCAACUGGGAUUUACUUCAUGGCAUUUGUGACCACAACUCCAAUGUACUUUUUGGCUCGCUCUGUCACUCUGUUUGCUUUGAUUCCAAUGCCCACCAUACGUUCGCUGCUGUCCAAACAAGUCAGGGGAACAUCAUACGGCAUUACCUUUGUCACGCUCCAGCUGUCCUUCAAACUUGCGAGUUUGGCCACCACACCAAUCUAUACUAAGAUUUAUCAAGCCACACUCGACACCUUCCCAGGGUUUGUCUUCAUUCUGUCCAGCAUCUUCACUGUUCUUUCUAUUAUACCCAUAAGUAUUGUAGGAUGUCGCUCUUCAAGACACAAUGGAUAUGAGAGAAUUCAAGGGAACUGACAGCAUCGAAGACUUUAACAGAUGUGGACAAGUCUUCAAAAUAUGCAUCUUUGCACAAUUAAUCAUUAGGUUUACACUGAUGUUACAAACAUUUGAAAAUAUUAGUUUUUAUGAGUCAGUUGACUAGACCAGUGUUUCCCAACCCUGUUCCUGGAGGCACACCAACAGUACAUAUUUUGGAUGUCUCCAUUAUCUGACCCAAUAAAUUCAGGUUUUGGAGUCUCUUCUGAUGUUAUGAUAAGAUGAUUCAGGUGUGUUUGAUUAGGGAGAGGUUGAAAAUGUGGACUGUUGGUGUGCCUUCAGGAACAGGGUUGGAAAACACUGGACUAGACGUCAUCUUGUUAUCUACUGGAAUAGAUAACGUUACGUUCUGUCGCACAUGUGUUGCACAUAUGUGGUUAUGAAAUUUGUAUUGAUCUUUUUUAAGUCUAUGCAAUGAACUGAGCACCUGACAAAUAAUGCUGACAGUCAUUCAUUGGUGUCGAUAUUUUGUUUACAAAUUACAUUAAGCUUCCAUUUGUUAGCUAGAUAACCAUAUUAUUUAAAAAUAAACUAACAAUCAAACAAACUUGUGAUUCGUAUUAAUAUUAAACUAAACAUUUACUAGUAUAUUAAUGAAAUCUGAAGCUCUUUCUGAAUUAUUUAACUGACUAACAUGAACUAACAAUAAAAGCUGUAUAAUUAUUAACCAAUUAUGAAUAGGUGCUGUAAGAAUAUUUCCGUCAUUGUUAGUUGAUUGCUAUAAUAACAGUGCUAACAUUAACAUGCUGUUAAUAGCCAGACCUUAUUGUAAAUAUUCACUGAUAUUUCUGUGCUGCACAGAUCAUUUGACUUUUUAUUGUACAGAUUUUGCAAUAAAUUGAAGAAUUUGUA